UGCUUACUCUUCUCUAGUAUUCGGCUGACAUUGAUAUGCAAAAUAUCUAGAAUUAAUGACGCAAAGGGAAAUGAACGAGACACGCGACGAUUAACAGUUAAGAUUUCGAAACGUGGCUUACAGGUUUUCGAUUAUCUUAUUUCGAUUAUCGAGAGAAGGAUGGCAAGAUUGCGCGAGACGCGUGACAUGUUUCAAACAGAUUGGCCGAAGAAUUCUUAGCGAAUCGACGACGCUACUUGAAUAGCCAUUUUGCGAAUGUUUCAUUUAAAUGAAAUAACCAUCGCGACCUGCCAUCCACGAGGGACAAAAGCGUAAAAAGAACGAUCUCUACGCGUACAUCUGCGUUCGUUCCGUAGGUUUAACCACGUUAACGAUCAAUUAAAGUCGCUGUGAUUAUCGCGGGUGCCGCGGGUGCGCGCAUCCCCCUACGGGGUGUGUAAAAGCGGCAGCGCGGACCGGACGCCCGGUGGCGGCGUGAUGCCGUGUAGUUGUCUUCGGUGUGUGAGUGACGCGGGACGUUAGGAGUACGACUGGACUGGCGUCGCGACGCCCGGAGGGGUCACCCUGACCCGGAAGCUCCGCCCCUGUGGAAGUCGAGCCGCCAACCGGCGUAUCCAACGUUCAGAGUACGGUAGGAGGAGCCACCGUGUCUCCUUGGCGCCAGGUAUCUGCCGAUCCUGAACUGGAACCUCUGUCUGUUGGCAUUUAGUAUCGCGUCGACUCUCGAGCCAACGUUGUCUUCCUUUUUUUGUGGCAAAGUAAUAAUACCGAACAUCGUGGAGAAACACGCACCGCAGGCCGCACGUUCGUUGGAUAUGAUACAGGAACUUUCGAGCAUCGAAAUCGAUGGUAAAAGACAUCGAUAUCGUACGGAGGAUCUAGCGUGAUCGACGUUCAACGGACAGUUCGAGGGGAAGAGUUGUUGUUUUCUGUGUAUGACGGAUUGUUUUCGUGAGUUUCGUUGAACGAUGGAGACCAAGAUGGAACCGUUGACACCGCCGCAUACACCGCCCACGUUGGACAGAUCGAUGCACCAGCAGCAACAGUUGCAAUUCACGUCGCCCAGGUGGAUCAGGUCUCAGCAACUGAGCGCACGAUUCGGACAACAACAUUCGACAGGACAGAGCUACCAGGCAGCGUUUCUCGAUAAUUGGCUGAGAGGUGCCGCGCUACUGGCUGUCAGGGGUUGUUGCCCGCAGACUACGUCUCCCCAUCCUUAUCACCAACAAGGUCAUCAGGGCGUACAUCCAGCGCUUCCGGUACCGCCUCCCGCUUCGUUCCUUGCGAGAAGGUUGCCCGGUCAAAGACCGAAGAAGCAGUUUAUCUGCAAAUUCUGCAACAGACAGUUCACCAAGAGCUACAAUCUGCUGAUUCACGAGAGAACUCACACGGACGAGAGACCGUACUCUUGUGACAUCUGUGGGAAAGCAUUUCGCAGGCAGGAUCAUCUGAGAGAUCAUCGGUACAUCCAUAGCAAGGAGAAACCCUUCAAGUGCAGCGAGUGCGGAAAAGGAUUUUGUCAGAGCAGGACUCUGGCUGUUCACAAGAUUCUGCACAUGGAGGAAUCGCCACACAAAUGUCCAGUUUGCGCGAGAAGCUUCAACCAAAGAAGCAACCUGAAAACGCAUCUUCUCACGCACACGGACGUGCCGCAAGAUUUGAGAGUCGAACCUCCGGUCGCAUCGGAAUCGAAGAUCGACGCUUCCGCGAGCGUUAGACAAAUGGCGGAAAGGGUGACCAACCUGAUUCCGAUUCAAAGGACCAGCACCACCGCUCCUAAAUUAGGCUUUAGUAUAGAAGAUAUUAUGAGGCGUUAAACUGUCUGCUCUUUCGAUUUCUCGUAUGUUUUCUUUUGUUUACCGCCGAUCUUUUUCUUCCGCUAAAUGUACAACGUGUUUCGUUCGGACUUCGACAUAAAAUUUCCUAUUAUUACUGAAAUAUAGUUCCGAUCGUCACAAGUAUCGCGAUACCGAAAAUAAUUAAUUGCGAGAAAGUCAAAUUAUAUAUUUUCGUCAUGAUCGAUCGCGAUUCCCGGUCGAAACACGUUCGUUAGAAAUGUAUUUGUACGUCGCGUUGUAAAUAUAGUUUCUGCGCUUAAAUUAUUCCAUUACAUUUCGUAUGUGUUGCGAAGGGGAAAGAACGGCCGAAGCUUGUCCUCGUCUUUCUUUCUCCAGUUACUUGUAAAUAAGGGUGUAUCUAUAUUUAACUGUAAAAUAGUAGCUAAUUGCUCGAAGGCAUAUGUAUCGUGGUUAGACAUAGUAUCGACUAUCAAUUAUAGUUUAUACUUAUUUUACUUAUUUAUUGUUUACGAUAAAAAGAGUAUUUGGAGAACAUGUAACGGUUCGACUGUAACUUUUCCUUUGUAACUUUAACGGCAUGUAAUUGCGUCGAGAAUAGGUAGUACCUCUGAUAGAUUCUAUCUUUGUUUCUACCUUUCCUCACGAUUAUACAAAUUUCACGCUUGACCAAAGAUCGAUCGAACACUCGACGAAUUAAGUGCACGUUUCUAUACGUUUUCAUACCGAGUGUAUGCAAUGUUUUUUAGGAGCAUCGAAACGACGGGAUUACGAUUAAACGGGAUUGAAAAACUAAAUCACAGGCGAUAAGCCAGCUCGGAGGAAGGGAAAUCCUAACCGUUAGAACCGGUCAGUGAAACGUACGUAUGUUUUCAGGUCGUGAAUAAGGAGGCGUCGGUGGUAUAUCUCUGGAGGCGUCAAAGUAAUUGGUUACUGCAAGGGUAGACAAGAAUCUGUCCCAGGAAGCCGCAAGGUGUUCUUCCUCUAUCCAAACGUAAAUCGAGUUUCCUGACCAGUGUGUAUACCCUCCGCACCAUCCUCCGUAUCUUUCUCUCCUAAAAUUAGGAAUUCUCGAUCAGAUAAACCGAAAGGGACACAUCCCGGUAGUUGCCUGCGCGCCACCUUUCUUCUCACCAUUGCCCUGUAAAUAGUCCCAAAGAUUGUUCCCCCCUUUUCCCCUCUGUGUCUGCUUCUUCGCCUUUCUCUCGUUUAAUCUAGGAAAGAAAAAGACGUCCGUCCCGCUUCUCGCCCUCCGGACCACCCACGUCUUCUACAUACACGUAUAGUUUAUAUACCUGACACGAUCGCGACACGGUUGUCGCGAUACGUAUUCCUUCGGGCCUCUUACCUAAUGACAGGAAAGCUCCCUCGCCGGUGAUUCCAACGCGUUACCAUUAAUUUAAGACCGUUGUAAAUAAACUCGCGCGAGGGUUGCGCCAGAGAUUUUCGGUUUUUCAACUCUGCCCACGAAUUUGUACGGUGCGAGCGAACGAGUUACACUUGAUGCGAGAUAUAUACCAGAGAUUUUACUAGGUGUCCGAGAUUUUAGGGAAACUGCGAGAGUAGCGGAAGUGUUUAAUGGACGUUGAAGUACUCUUUUGAUUAACGAUUCGCGAUAAAGUACAAGAUUAUAUCUGUGAAUGGUGGUACUUGAAGUAACUCCAACGCGAAAAGGUGUAGAGAGAGAGAGAGAGAGAGAGAGUCGAUUAUUAUUUUCGUUGAAAGUUCUUUCGUAGUUGUAUUUUUGCCUACUUUUUUUUGUAUGUAUCUUCCUAUCUCCUCAAUGCGUAACGAUACUGUCGGUGUUCCGAUUUCGCUAAUCGAGACGUUAGGAUAUUGCGAAUGGAUGAGCG